UUGAUCCAUUUUGAGUUCAUCUUGAUUACUUCACUGAGAAUUCAUAAAUUUUAAGAAUAGGUGAAUUGUACUAAGGAAAACUGAUGAUGAUGACAUCAGGAUUGUGUUUACAUGUCUAACUCGUAUGCUUUUCUCUAUAGAUAGCAGUGAAUGCCUUGCAGAUGACUGUAGUAUAAUUGCUGGAGGGAACCUCACUGGUUGGCACCCAGAUUCUGCUGCUGUGUUAUGGCGAAGGGUCUUGGGAAUCCUUGGAGAUGUGAAUAAUAUCCAGUCACCUAAGAUCCAUGCCAAAGUUUUUGGCUAUCUCUAUGAACUCUGGUACAAACUGGCAAAGAUACGGGAUAAUCUAGCAAUAAGCCUAGAUAACCAGUCUUCUCCAUCUCCUCCGCUCUUGAUCCCACCACUCAGAAUGUUUGCAUCAUGGCUAUUUAAGGCAACGACACUCCCAAAUGAAUAUAAGGAAGGCAAACUACAAGCCUACAGACUGAUCUGUGCUAUGAUGACCAGACGCCAGGAUGUUUUGCCAAACUCAGAUUUCCUGGUGCAUUUUUACCUUGUGAUGCACUUGGGAUUAACCAGCAAGGACCAGGUAUUCUGUGACUCCUUUAUCAUGAUUGCCCAUUAAUGUGAAAUUGCAUAUCAUGCUUUAUAGGUAUCAAGGUUUAUGAAGAAACAUCAGAAAUAUUUAAUUUCUCAGUAAUUUCAACUCUUUUACACACAGCAACCAUAGUGGUCUUUCAAGAA